AUCACCUGGACUGACUUGGGACAAGGCUCACGUUCGAGUGUCUGGCACACUCGAUCAAGCCCUACGUCCUAUCUUCUCCCUGACACUCCCUGCAUGGCUCACGUUUGAGUGCCUCGCAAACACUCAUUCAAGCCCCUCCCUCCUGUCUUCACCUGUACUCUGGGUAUGGCUCAUGUUCAGUGUCUGGCAAGCACUCGUUCAAGCCUUCACCCUCUCAAGGCUCAAGUUCAGUGUCUGGCAAACACUCGUUCAAGCCCAAUCCAAGGCUCAGGUUCAGUGUCUGGCAAGCACUUGUUCAAGCCCCUCCGUCCUCAUUUCGGUAUGGCUCAAGUUCAGUGUCCGGCAAGCACUCGUUCAAGCCUAUCCGUCCUGUCCUCACUCCCAAGGCUCAAGUUCAGUGUCUGGCAAGCACUAGUUCAAGCCGCACCCUCUCAAGGCUCAAGUUCAGUGUCUGGCAAGCACUUGUUCAAGCCUCCCUCUCCUUUCUCACUCUCAAGGCUCACGUUCAAGUGUCUGGCAAAACACUCGUUCAAGCCCUCUCCGUUCUGAUCAUAUUUCUCCACACCUUCAUCUUUCGCAAAUCCCCAGAACAGAACGAGAGUGAGAAACGACAACUCGUACUUCGAUACGAGGAGAGUACAGAGACAUACAGGACAAGGAGGACGAG